AUGUUCGUAGCUCUCUGGGUGUUAAUUUUUGCAUGUUUGAAUCUGAACGUAUGUAACAGUUUGGAUCCUGUCACAUCACCUGCAACUUUUCAAUUUGGUUCCAAUGAAUCAAGCAUAUUACUACAAAGCUACAUAAAUGUGACUUUAUCUUACUCUGAGGCUAAAAACCAACCUAUUAUAAUUUCAAUAAAUUCAACAAAUGAAGAAGAAUUCAAUGUUUCCGGUUCUUUUGGAGAGGAGUUAGAAAUUCUUCAACUAAGUUGGCUUCCAAAUGGGUCGAACAAAACUUGGAACCUCACUUUUCAGUUCGUGAAAUCUGACAGUAGUUACAACCUCAAUGAAAUUAAAUUGGAAUAUCAACUGAGUAACUCAUCAGUUUUAAGAAAUGCAUCAAAUAACCAAUCACUAUUUUCUGCCGCAGUUGGUUCAUACUAUUCUUGUCAAGCUGAACAGAAUAUAUCGUUGGAUCAGUCAGGACCAAGUCCUGUAACUGUUAAUCUCACUUUAUCUCAAUUUAAAGUUCAAGCAUUCAGAGAUGGAGAGGAAACAGAGUUUACUGGUCUCAAUUUAUUAUGUACCGUUUUGGCACUUACAAAUGAUGGUCAUUUGCUGUUUAUUCGAUUCACUAUCUCUAACCACUACAUUGAAAUUAUCUUUGUGAUUAGAUUAACUUAUGUGCAACACAAUUUACAUGGUAUAUAA